AUGUCUGCCAAAUCUGAAGAUGAGGAUGCUCCUCCGGAGCUUAUCGAUGUGUCUGCAAUGCCAGCAGGCCAAACAUCGGUAGAUGAAGAACCAACAGCUCGAGUGCCCAUCACGCUGGUCACCGGCUACCUGGGAGCGGGAAAAACAACCCUAUUGAACUAUAUCCUGACAGAGAAACAUGGCAAGAAAAUUGCUGUGAUCAUGAACGAAUUCGGUGACUGGGGGCAAGAAGUCACUGAAUGGAUGGAAGUCGGGAAUGGCUGCAUAUGUUGCUCUGUAAAAGACUCAGGCGUAAUGGCCAUCGAGUCAUUGAUGGAACGCCGCGGCACCUUCGAUUACAUCCUCCUAGAGACAACCGGUCUCGCCGACCCGGGCAACAUUGCCCCGAUUUUCUGGAUGGACGAAGGACUUGGCAGCUCAAUUUACUUAGAUGGCAUUGUCACCCUCGUCGACGCAAAGAAUAUCAUGCGCUUGCUGGACGAGCCGGCGCCUGAAGAGAAGGCCGAAUCGCAUGACGUGCACCACGACCACGGUUCUGGCCCUGUUCUAUCUAUGGCUCAUAUGCAGAUCUCGCAUGCGGAUGUGGUGAUCCUCAACAAAACGGAUCUGGUCACAGAUCAAGAGCUGGAGGCUGUAAGAGAUCGUGUUGCCUCUAUCAACAGUGUGGCGAAGAUUCAUGUGACGGAUCAUAGCCGGACCCCACAGAUUGAGGGUGUUGUCCUGGAUUUACAUGCUUAUGAUCAUUUGGCAGACUUGGAUUUCAGCAAGAAGGGACAUAGCCAUAUGGACCCGGCAAUUUCUACCACUGCAAUUGUUACGCCUCCAAUUCCAGCAGAUAAGGUCAACUGCGUGGAUGCAUGGCUGCGCUCUGUUUUGUGGGAUACAACAUUCCCUGUGCCUGCAGACUCGGUCUCAUCUGAGCCAUACCCCGUGGACUUCGAGGUUCAUCGGUUAAAGGGGAUACUUAUUCUGGAUGAUGGGACAAGCAGAAUCAUCCAAGCUGUGCGGGAUGUAUUUGAGAUUCGAGAUGCGGAGCCCAUAGUCACCCAGGAUCAGUCCAAACCACUUCAAUGCAAGAUUGUCCUCAUUGGACGAGGACUAGGGUCAAGUGUAGGGCCUUGGCAGGAGAGCUUUGAGUCUUGUUUGGUUGCAAAAUGA